AGAGGAAGAAGAGAGGAGUGCGGAGGAGGAGAGGAGAGGUAGAGCAGAGGAGGAGGAGAGGAGACAAGAGGAGCUGGAAACACUGAGAAGAGAGUUGGAGGAGAGUCAGGCUCAGCUGCGUCAGCAGUGUAGUCUACAGCAGGAUAUUGAAACACUUCAAGCCCAACUGGAGACAUGCAGGACAGCAGAGUCCAUCCUGCGUGAACAACUGCAGACUGUGGAGGAAGAGAGGAGCGCCAGAGAGAAGAAGAGGGAGGAGAGAGAGGAGGAGUGGAGGAGGAGAGAGGAGGAGAGAGAGGAUGAAUGGAGGAGAAGAGAGGAGGAGAAAGAGGAGGAGUGGAGGAGAAAAGAACAAGAGAGGGAAGAGAGAGAGGAGGAGAAAGUGGAUGAGUGGAGGAGAAGAGAGAACGAGAGAGAUGAGGAGUGGAAGAGGAGAGAGAAAGAGAUGGAUGAGAGAGAGGAGGAGUGGAGGAGGAGAGAGAAAGAGAGGGAUGAGAGAGAGGAGGAGAGGAGGAUGAAGAUGGCGGAGGAAGAGGAGCAACAGAGAGGAGCACAGGAGGAGAAGAAGAGAGAAGAGGAGGAGCAGGAGAGAGGGAUGCAGAGAGACAGAGAGGAGGAGGAGAGAAGGAACGCCCACUUCAUCACCCUGCUGCAGGAGAGACUUCAGCAGACGGAGAGAGAGAGGGAUGGACUGAAAGAAGAAAUAAGAGAGAUCCAGAGUGCACUGAAGGACAAAGCUCCUCCCACUCUCCAAAGCCCCGCCCCUUCUACAGGAGACCUGGACAGCCUGUCCUCUCUGAGGUCUACUCUGGUGUGUGUUCGGCGUGAGUUGGUUUCCCGUGAUGAUGUCAUCGCUGGUCUGAGUCGCGAUCUCGCCCAGGCUCACGCACGCAUGACCGACAUGACAGGGGAGCUGGGUGAGCAGCAUAAGUGUGAGCUGGAGAGACACAGGGUUCUGGUGUCGGAGCAGAGGGUCCAACUGAGCGCGCUCAGAGAGAAGAUGUCGAUGAUGUCACAGCUGGUGGAGCAGAAGGAGGUGGAGCUAAAACAACUGAAAGAGGAGAAAAGGCAGGGCAUUGAGAGCAGGAAGGCUAAGCAGCCAGUGAAGGAGCUGGAGUAUCCAGUGGACUCAACCAACCUCAACACUCAACAGGAAGUGUGUGCCCUGGGUGACCAAUCACAGCAGGGGUUAAAGGUCAAAGGUCAGCGUCAACAGGAAGUGAUGCGUCUGCAACAGGAAGCUCUCUCUGAGCUCCAGAGUCGCCUAGCAACGCUGGGGAUCAGCUGGCCAAUCGCUCUUCUCCAGCAGGGUACUUCUCAGAGGAAGCAGCUGCAUCAAUCCCACAAUGCAACGGGCCAGAGGAAGAUGAUGGCCUCCAUGUGUGGUUUCCCCCUCUCCUCUGCAGUCCUGAGUGAGGCCAGUUUGGAGCGGACGGCCAGACUAGAUAUGACCGAUGCCCUCGAGCUCAGCGAACACACCUACCUGGAGCUGGCCGGUGCCCUGCGUGAGGCCCUGGAGCUGGGCGGGGGUCAGCUGGUGGGCAGUGCCCCACUACGGCACCUCUCUCCUGGGGAGAGGGAGCGGCUGGCCUCCCUGAGGCACGCUGACCUGGAGCUCCUGAAGACGAGACUCGCGCUCACACACACACAGAGCCAACGCACAGCGCUACAGCUACAGGAGGCAGAGAGAGAGAUACACACACUCAGGCAGGGCCAGGGUGAGCUGCAUCAGCUGCGUUCUCGUCUGGAGAGUGUGUGUGUGGAGCUGAAGCGUGAGAGAGAGGAGGCCGCUCUACUGAAGGAGGCUCUGGACCGCACACACACUCACACACACACUCACACACACACACGCACACCCACACGCCUUCAACAAACACACACACACGCCCACGCUGAGCGCACACACACACACACACAGAGGAGCCGGCCCUGUAGCGCAACACACACCAGCACGCAACGCAAGGCGUUGGUUGUGGACAGACAGAAUAAAUCCAGACAGACUCACAGCUCUGGACUGAAAUCAGCACAUGAAGAAAAGCUUCAGGAGCUCCUGAGGAGGCGGGAUUACGAGUUGGACACACUCAAGAAACAGCUGAGCGGCAGAGAGGAGGAGCUAACACGCGUGACAUCACAACUGGCCAGCGCGGUUACAUCAUCAACCCCCGUCGUGACCUCAUCACUCCCCGCCGUGACCUCAUCACUCCCCGCCGUGACAUCACAGCCCUCGUCACCACAGACAGUCCCAACUGCUGAACCCUCAACUACAACUGAGAAGCCCUGA